UCACGCUCGGGUCCGUGUGAAAACGGGGGUUCCGAGUGCAAAGCAAAGUUUUUUUGUAAACCGUCUGCAAAGGCGGGGGGGUGAAGACGGCGGCCGCCACCGGGCCGAGCGCAGUCGCUGCGGACGCGGUCUCCCGAGCGCCUCGGUCCGAUGCUCGGCAGCCCCUCGGCACGCAGUGGCCCGCCGCACCCUCCGCCUCGCCAGUACAGUCGAGCGCCGGCGCUUGAGUAGCUGCGCGGCCGGCGGUUUCUCCACAGCGCCGCUCCCGCGUCAGCGCCGAGCUUCAGGCCGCCGCCAUGGGCUGCUGGGGCCGCAACCGCGGCCGGCUGCUGUGCAUGCUGCUGCUGACCUUCAUGUUCAUGGUGCUGGAGGUGGUGGUGAGCCGGGUGACCGCGUCGCUCGCCAUGCUGUCCGACUCCUUCCACAUGCUGUCGGACGUGCUGGCGCUCGUGGUGGCGCUGGUGGCCGAGCGCUUCGCCCGGAGGACUCACGCCACGCAGAAGAACACGUUCGGCUGGAUCCGCGCUGAGGUGAUGGGCGCGCUGGUGAACGCCAUCUUCCUCACGGGGCUGUGCUUCGCCAUCCUGCUGGAAGCCGUCGAGCGCUACAUCGAGCCGCAUGAGAUGCAGCAGCCGCUCGUGGUGCUGAGCGUCGGCGUGGCGGGGCUGCUAGUCAACGUGCUGGGGCUCUGCCUGUUCCACCACCACAGCGGCGAGGGCCAGGGCGCAGGCCACGGCCACUCGCACGGCCACGGCCACGGCCACGGCCACCUCGCCAAGGGCGCGCGCAAGGCGGGCCGCGCGGGGAGCGAGGCGGGCGCGCCGCCGGGCCGGGCGCCGGACCCGGAGCCGGACCAGGAGGAGACCAACACGCUAGUGGCUAACACCAGCAAUUCCAACGGGCUGAAGGCGGACCAGGCAGAGCCAGAGAAGUUGAGAAGUGAUGAUCCAGUGGAUGUACAGGUAAAUGGGAAUCUCAUCCAGGAGGCAGACAGUCUGGAAUCAGAAGACAACAGGGCCGGACAGCUGAACAUGCGAGGAGUGUUUCUGCACGUCCUUGGAGAUGCCCUGGGCUCUGUGAUCGUUGUUGUGAAUGCCUUGGUCUUCUACUUUUCCUGGGAGGGUUGUACCGAAGACGACUUUUGUGUGAACCCGUGUUUUCCUGAUCCCUGCAAAUCGUCUGUAGAGCUGAUGAACAGCACCCAGGCCCCCAUGCACGAGGCUGGUCCGUGCUGGGUCCUCUACCUAGAUCCAACCCUGUGCAUUAUAAUGGUUUGUAUACUUCUUUACACGACGUACCCACUGCUCAAGGAGUCCGCUCUCAUUCUUCUACAGACUGUUCCUAAGCAAAUUGAUAUCAAACAUUUGGUAAAAGAGCUACGAGAUGUUGAAGGAGUGGAGGAAGUCCAUGAGUUACACGUCUGGCAGCUCGCCGGAAGCAGGAUCAUCGCCACCGCUCAUAUAAAAUGUGAAGACCCAGCUUCAUACAUGCAGGUGGCCAAAACCAUUAAAGAUGUUUUUCACAAUCAUGGAAUCCACGCCACCACCAUCCAGCCUGAAUUCGCUAGUGUAGGCUCUAAAUCAAGUGUCGUCCCGUGUGAGCUCGCCUGCAGAACUCAGUGUGCUUUGAAGCAGUGCUGUGGGACACGGCCACAGGUCCAUUCUGGAAAGGAGGCAGAGAAGGCUCCAACAGUUAGCAUUUCUUGUUUAGAACUCAGUGAAAACCUAGAGAAGAAGCCCAGGAGGACUAAAGCUGAAGGCAGUGUCCCCGCUGUGGUGAUAGAGAUUAAAAAUGUGCCAAACAAACAGCCCGAAUCAUCUUUGUGAGCCUUGAGAAAGAUGUGAUAUUUGACUUUGCUUUUAAACUGCAAGAGAAAAUAGACUCCAUUGAAAUACUAAGUUUGCCAAGUAGUGUAAUUGAAGUCCUUGUCUGGUCGCACAGUUUAAUUCUAUUUUUGUAAGAACAUAAUGGAACUGCAUAAUAGAGUGUGCUACAGUACAGCCUUGUGAUUACUAGUGCAUAGUGCAGCUAUGCUGGAACACGUUUUGAAAGCCAGUUUAACACUAUGUUACAUUUUUGUUUAAAGUAAGUAUAGACCUUAUAUGACAUAAUGACAUUUGAUUCCUGGUUUUCCCAUGAUAAAAAUUAGGGGGAUAAAUAAAAUUGUUACUGGAAUUUCUCUGCUUUUCCUUCCCCCAUUGUUAUAUCUUAUCUGUUAGGAUUGUAAUUGCUAGGCCUUUAAAGUCAUCAAGCUUGUUUCCUCUGAUGUUGAGGGGUAGUUACUUGCCCUUUGAGAUCAUAAGCCUAGCAUAAUUGCAGCAUGUUUCCAGAGCAAGUCAUGACUAUUAGCAGGAAACGAGAUUAGUUACUACUCUGUUCUCCACUUCUGAGUAGUCGAGUAAACCGUGAGGUAAUUCACAAGAUGAGUUAGAGUUUACACAUUGUAGAGCAUAUAGGGGAGAAGAGCAAGGAAGAAGGCAAUAUGUCAGUUAUUACCUAUUAAUGUGGAGAUUAUAGCUCUAAAUUACCUUGAAAAUCUCAAAUGGCUUUAUUCUACCAAAGUCAGUCUAAACACUUCUGCCAGUGUUGCUUUCUUUCAAAGACUGGUAUUAGCAACAUUGAGCUAAAAGUUCUAAAUGCAUGAAUAGUUUUGAAAAUGCAGACUCCUUAACUGCAAACUAUUAAAUUGUGUCUUAAAAAAACUUCCAUAGUGACCUGUCAGAUGGAUUGAAUACCUUUCUAGAUGUGUAGCCAACAGUGUGUGCUUAGCCAAGAGCCAGUGACUUGAGAAUGAAAUCAGAUGGCUCAUGCAAUUUGGAUAUUACUUUAGAAAGCAAAACCAAUCAGAGGAAGGCACAGGUCUUUAGCUGCCAUGUCCUUCGCACUUUACACCCAGGAAGUCAUUCACGGCUGCUCCAUUGCCACAGAUUUCAGAUCCAACACAGACAUUGAAGAUUUUUAAGUUAUAUUUUCCUUGAUAGAAAAAGGUUAAUGCUUUGUGAAGGAAAUGUAGAUUUUUGUCUUCGAAAGUGAUUAUUAAUAUCAGUUAUGUAUAGCUCUAUUUUUCUAGGAACAAAGUAUUCUGACUACUUCAAUAACUUUUAUAGCUGACUACUUUUGGGAAAGUUAACUUUUGGGAUUUGAAAUAAUUCACUGCUUAAUAAUCUGAAAAUGAAAGUGUUAUCAUAUGACAGUUACUUUAAGGGAUGGUCGGUCUCUCCCCUAGGGUAAUGAGCCUGUUGCUGGCAAUGGGCCUACUUAAGAACAGCUGGAUUUUCUGAUAAGAAAUGUAAUUUUUGGAACAUAGUUUGUAAGUUCACACAUACUACACUGGGCCAACCAUCCAGCCUACAUAAUACUUCACUAAUGUGUGGUCUAACCCCUUGGCAGGUGGUUACUUUGACUUUAGCAAGUUUGCUUUUUUAAAAAAACAUGAAAUUGAGAGAUCUGGGAGUGGUGUGAGGGGAGCUCCAGAUGUCUCAGAUGGCUCUGUGCAGAAGGUUUUAGUGUUCCCACAGUGGUACAGGAAGGCAGUGGAAAGCCUGUGGCAUCCCGGAGGUGUCCUUCAGAAUGCUCUGGGCAGGUGUAUGUCACGGGGGUGAGGGCUGUGUCAAUCUGACUUUCAGAAGUGCUUUAAGGUGGUGGUGGCCUGGGUUAAGUGGCUUCUAUGUAAAAAAGUGGUACCGUAGGCUUUUUUUUUUUUUUUUCAAAGGUGUUUUGUCAUAGCAAACUCCAUGGGCGCCAACUUACCUUGAGGUUUUAGAGAAUUAUUUAUUUCUUUACAAUGCACUUUCUAACCCAUUUUUUAGCUAUAUUAGCAUUAUCUUUAAGAAGAAAAGAUGUUUUUAUAUUUAAAUGUUGUGGGAUUUGAGUGUCUUUUCCAAAAUAGCUUAUUUCCUGAAAGAAAAUGAGGAGCUACCUUGGCCUCUUUGGGACUCCGCCAUUGUUUAAACGUGCUUCCUCUCACUGCAUCAGGGCUGCGGGAGGCUCCCUGGUUCCGUAUUACUUGAGCCAGCUCACUGUGGACCUGGCUCCUCGAGCUGAGUGAGGAAGGGCUGCAUGUUCCCACAGUCCACUCAAACAGGGGCCCUUCCAAGCCAUGUGCAGCCUGGGAACAAUGGGCGUGAUUUCCCAUGGUCAUCUUUUAACUUGUAGGAGUAAUUCUUUUCUGGGGGGUAUCUACAUUGUAGAUGUAUAGGCUUGAACACAAAAACAAUCCUUGGACAUUUUACGGCAUUUUCACACCCAAAACAAAAUGCUGGGUAGCUUUAUCCUAAGAUGUAUAACCCUUGAGCAGGAAGGGUUUCCAUCAAGUUUACUUUGGAGAGUCUUGGGAGGUUGUUUAUAUGUGUGUGUCUUGUCAGCAUCUGUCAUUUUGAGAAUUUUGAGGGAAAAGGAAACCUAAUGUGAGGUAUUUGUUGGGUAAACUGGGUUUGAAUGUUUUUACUGUUUUACAAGCAGAUACCAUUUGAACAAGAAAAAAAAAGUCAUUAGCCUGCUGUCUUAAGGUAGUCCUACAAAAAUAUGGAGAGUGGUUCUACAAUAGAAAAUAUUUAUUUUAGUACUGCGUUUCAGUUAAGUGGUAAACAGUGUUAAGAGGUCUUGGGAAAGUGGAAGGCUUUUGUUAUUGUGUUUGUAAUCAAAACUGCCCUAGUGCUUCACGGUCUGGAGAAUGGAACUGUACUGAUACUAUUUUGAUACAUAUAUACAUAUGUGUAUGUAUAUGAUGAUCCUCUUGUUUUACUAACAAGCUCUGGAAUAUUUAGCAGUCAUUUUCACUGGCACAAGAGCCUUUUGUAUAUUAAUCAAUUUAAACUUUUAAACCAAAAAUAUAUUAAAGUUCAGUGUCAGGCAAAAAAAAAAAAAAAAAAGGAUGCUGAAGAGAAUGUAACAGAAUUAAUACAUGGUUAUAUAAAAGACACAAAUGGCCAUGAUAUGGGUCUGCCUUGAAACAGCACAAUGGGGUAUUAGUGUGUCUGAUUCUCUGAGACGCUCUCGUGUUGGUCUUGUCUGCUGCCGCCCAUCCGUCCGUCCUCUGGGCCAACGGCGCAGUUGCUACGGCUCAUCUCGAACUCGAGUGCGGCAGCCUUUUCCCUAACUUCUGUGCGUUCUAUGACUGUGUGUUGUUUCCAAAGCUGUUCCUACCUCACCAUGAGGCUUUAUGGAUUGUUCUGUAUUAUAAAUGUUCUAUAUGAGACAAGACUACUGUGUUUCUUCUCAUUUAUUAAAAGUUAAGUAGAAAAAUAAAA